AUGGACGAGAGCUCAGCCAUUGCCAUCGUCGGCCAUGCCUAUCGCGCGCCAGGCGUCGGGCGAAAGGGCCUGUGGGACUUCUUGGCCGAAGCAAAGUGUGCCUUCUCAAGAGUGCCCGAGAAUAGGUUCGACCAGGAUGCCUUCCAUGACCCCGAUUCGCAAAAGCAAGGGUGCUUUGCAACCAAAGGAGCCCACUUUCUCCCAGGAGACGUGUACGCAUUCGACGCACCAUUCUUCAAUCUACGGCCUGAAGAGGCGCGAGCAGUCGACCCUCAUCAUCGUCUGCUGCUAGAGUGCACCUUUGAAGCUGCCGAAAGCGCAGGGAUAAGUCUGACUGACCUCGCCGGAGGCAAUAUUGGAGUCUUCACGGCCAUGAGCUCCUCAGAUUUCCUAGAGCAUGCCCUGCUUGACCUCCCUACUUCCACAAUGUGGACUGCAGUUGGCAUCUCGGGAACCAUGUUUGCUAAUCGCCUGUCCUACUUCUUCGACCUCAAAGGGCCAAGUAUCGCUCUUGACGCUGCUUGUGCUAGUAGUACUUAUGCGACUCACUUGGCUUGCAAGAGCCUACUACGCGGAGAGUGUACUGCCGCCGUUGUGGGAGCAGCUUCUUUGCUGCUGGGCCCAGAGUAUUGGGUCACGCUUGACACUAUGGGCGCUCUAUCGGUAGAAGGAAAAUCAUUCUCGUAUGACUCCAAAGCCUCGGGUUUUGGCAGAGGUGAAGGCGCCGCGUGCUUUAUUCUUAAGAGGCUUGGAGAUGCCCUUGAGGCAGGAGAUCCUAUUCACUCUGUGAUACGAAACUCGGCUUGCAAUCACUCCGGCCGCUCGGAUGGCAUCACCAUGCCGAGCGGAGCCGCACAGAUACAACUUCUACGACAAGUGCAUGAGGAGAUUGGCUUGGACCCCGCUGAGACAGCUGUUGUAGAGGGCCACGGAACCGGCACAAAAGUUGGUGAUCCAAUCGAGGCAGGAGCUUUCGCAGAGGCGCUGGCGCAGAAGCGGACACCAGGCAAUCCUUUGUAUAUUGGAUCUAUCAAGUCUAACUUUGGCCAUCUUGAAAACGCAAGUGGUGCAAUCGCAAUGACCAAGGCAACUCUGAUGCUUCAACAUGGUUAUGUGCUUCCCACUGCCCACUUCGAAGAAAUGAAUCCCAAUAUUCAGGGCAAAGAGAAGUUAAUGGUUGCGAAAACGACAUUGCCAUGGCCAAAAGACGCCAUCAAGCGCGUCUGCAUCACAAACUUUGGCUUCGGUGGUAGCAAUUCUGCACUCAUUCUUGACGAGGCACCAAAAGGUACUGGCUCGAGGCAUAAACUCACAAAUGGUGUCAACGGAACCAGUUCCAACGGAAUGUCUAAUAGCAUCUGCAAUGGCGAGGGCUUUCAGCGUCAUGACAGAGCCAAGAAACUUUUUGUUCUGAGUGCCAAGUCUGAAAAGAGCUUGGCUUCGUACUUGGCCUCUUUCAAAGAGUACCUGCAAACUGCUCCAGAAGAUGCCGCAUUCGCCCAUGACCUCUCUUUCACUCUGGGACAACGCCGCACACAUCAUCACUGGCGAACUGCGGCGGUUGCAAUCUCGGCAUCUGAGCUGCAAACACAGUUGUCUGGCAUCAAAUUGGGCAAAACCAAGGAUCAGGUCAUUUCUUUCGUAUUCACUGGCCAAGGCGCCCAACACGCCCAGAUGGCCUCGGAACUACGACAAUACCAUGUCUUCUCCAAUGCCAUGGAUGAGGCCGAGUAUUACCUACGAAAACUGGGGGCGACGUGGUCCUUGACAGAGGAACUCGACAAGCAGGCAUCAGAGUCGCGUGUGAACGAUGCGGAAAUCAGUCAGCCAGCUUGUACUGCAGUUCAAAUUGCACUGCUCGCCUUGCUCAAGUCAUUUGCCGUCGAACCGUCCAUCGUAACAGGGCAUUCAAGCGGAGAGAUAGCCGCUGCCUACUCUGCCGGCAUGUUGUCCUUCGAGACAGCCAUGGCCGUUGCGUUCUUUAGAGGCCGUGCUGCGGUUGAGUUGGCUCAGAAAAGCACGCACAAGGGAGCCAUGGUUGCCCUUGGCGUGGGCUAUAAAGAUGCGAUGGCCUUGGUUCAAGACAACACGGCAGGGUACGCCGGGAUCGCUGCCAUCAACAGCCCCCAGAGCGUGACUGUAUCAGGAGACGAGUCAGCCAUUGACAACAUCUUCAAGAAGGCAGAAGGGUCGGGUAUGUUUGCCCGCAAGCUCAAGGUCGAAGUGGCAUACCAUUCUCGCCACAUGGAGCAAGUCGCGGCAUCCUAUCGCGCGUCCAUCGAGCCUUUCUUCACGCAAGCUCCUGAUUCCUGUCACAAGUCAGGUGUCAGGUUUAUAUCCUCCGUCACGGGUCGUGCGGCUGACUCGGCGGAUGCGUCCUACUGGAUCGAUAAUCUCCUCAAGCCGGUUCGAUUCGCAGACUCCAUCAGUCAAAUAUUCUCCUCGGGCGAGGGCGACACCGCCAUUGCCGGCUCCUACAAAACCCCAACCAUCGUGGUCGAGAUUGGGCCGCACUCUGCCCUGCGGAAUCCCAUAAAGCAGACACUGUCGCAGCUCUCUCAACGCGCUGAUUCCAAGAAUAUGCAGUUUACCUACCUCCCGUCCCUGGUUCGGGGAACUGGAGCAGACGAGACGAUGCUCCAGCUUGCCGGAAGUCUCUUCUCGCUGGGGCUACCAGUCGACUUUACAGCCAUCAACCGGACCAACAGGAAAAAUGCCCACGUCCUAACAGACCUACCAGCGUACUCGUGGGACAGGUCAACACGAUAUGUGAAUGAAGGGCGAGCUGUCCAAAAGAGGCUGCAUCCCGGUCUACCAUAUGACCCGCUCAUCGGUUGGAAGAAUCCUUCUUCUGAGGGCAAUGACGCGAGUUUCAGACAGGUCUUCACCCUCGACCAAAUGCCUUGGAUCCGGGACCACAAAGUGGGAGGUGAAGUCAUCAUGCCCAUGACGGGCUUCAUGUCAAUGGCGAUAGAGGCUGCGAGGAAACUCAGCCCUACUGUCCCAGGAAGCAUCGUCGUCUCCGAGUUCUACGUCAAGCGCAGUCUAGUGAUUGGCGAGGAUGAGCACAUUGACAUGACCGUAAAACUGCAACCUGUCGUCACCGGAACAGAUGGGAUAUCCUCAUCCGUUUGGAGAUUUGACAUCAUGUCCUGGAGGAAAGAGGAUGGAUGGGUUGACCACUGCCACGGCCUGGUUGAGGCGCAAGAGGAGGACAUGGACGUGGAGAGUCGGACGAUGAAGACGGCGGUGCCGCUUGUCCACAGCCACGACAUGAAGGAGAGCAGUCUAUUCGACGAGAUUUACGCCUCCGGACCCCGUGAAGGUACCGUCUACGGGCCUGCAUUUAAAUCCACCAUUCGAUACUGGGAGGCUCCCGGCUGGACAGUCAUGGAGAGCAAGCUGCGAGAGCUGGACACGGCUCGAUCUUGCUCGCCCUCUGGCUCACCAUUCUCGGCCGACCCGCCGACGCUGGACGGAUUCCUUCAAGGAUUCCUCCCCCUACAAGAUGCCGGCAGGAAAUGCCGUGCCCUGAUGCCCACCUAUGUUGGCAGGCUGCGAGUUUCUAACCAUAUCCCCGUGGACCACGACAAACUCCGCCUCUUUGUCGUUUCAAGACUCAUGAGCCACGACGUCAAAACGGAAACACUAAAGAUCACCGUUGCAGCCUUUGCCCAGCUUCCUCAUUCGCUGCUGCCUAUUGCCGAGUGGGAAUCAGUAACGUUUCGGUCCAUCUCCUCGGCACACGCCAGUGAUGCCUUGUCUCGUCUCCCCGCCUCCUUCUACCACGAGUUGCUGCCUGCUCUCGACUUUGCCAGCGACGCAGACUGGCCCAAGUUCAUCACUGCUGCGCCCGCCGACGAGGACGGGCUUCGCAAGCGUGUGCAGCACGAACGAGUUGCACUCGAGUACAUGAAGAGGGCCGUAGAUGGGACCUCUGACCUGGACUACUCGGACCUGCCUGAGCAUCUCUGCAAAUUCAUGUCUUGGGCCAAGCGCUGCGUUGCCAGGGAAGAGCAUAGACUGAUGAAGGAGCCGCUUCCCGACCUGUCCCGGAUAGCCAAGGCCGAUGCUGGCGGCGAGUUGCUCUGCGCCGUUGGCGAGCAAAUGGUGCCCAUCCUGCGCGGCCAGGUGCAGACUCUCGAGAUUAUGCUCAGGGACGGUCUUCUUGCCCGCAACUACGAGCAGGACACGUCCAACAUGCGAGCCGCCGUAACACUAGCCAAGUGCGCCCGUCAUCUCUCCGAUAUCAACCCCGAGCUACGCAUAUUGGAGAUUGGAGGGGGAACAGGCAGUGCAACCCUGCCCGUGUUGGAAGAGCUCUGGGGUGAUGCCACCGGGCUGGCUCCGUUCCGCGACUACACCUUCACCGACAUCUCGGCGGGCUUCUUUGAGAAUGCUCGCGUCAAGCUGGCAACGUGGAACCAGCGCAUCAUCUACAAGAAGCUUGACAUUACCCAAGACCCGGCCACGCAGGGCUUUGCCCCUGGGGACUACGACUUGGUCAUCGCCUCCAAUGUUCUACACGCCACAGCCGACAUGACGGUCACCAUUGGCAACGUUCGAUCGCUGCUGAAGCCAAACGGCAAAAUCCUUCUCCUCGAAGCCACCAAGCACUCACCGGUGACUCUGCCCUUUUCUCUGCUCCCCGGUUGGUGGUACGCAGUCGACGAGUACCGCAAUCUAGAGGAGGGGCCUCUCCUAUCCGACGACGGCUGGCGGCGCCUUCUUCACGCACAAGGCUUCUCUGGUGUUGACGUUUGUAUCAAGGACUAUGAGGAUCCUUGUAGCCAUCUCAUGAGCGUCAUGUGCACAACCAAGGUGGGUAAGCCGGAGACCUGCAACGGCUCUUUACGAAGCAUUACCGUAUGCGGCCUGUUCAUGGACGAGGAGGAACUAGACUUUGCCCAGCUGGUGGCAAGCCAAGUAUUCGAGGCCACGGGGCGCCAUUGUAAAAUCCAGACUUUCCUGGACAUUGACGCUGAGGAUGAUGAUCUCUGCAUCUUCAUCGACUCCCCGGCCAACAGCCUCCUGGCCGACCUCUCACAAGAGACGUUUGAGAUGUUGCAGAAUAUCCUGCUUGAGACUAGGGGGCUCCUCUGGGUUGUCCUGGAGAAUGCUGGCCCAGAGUCCCUCUCUAUACAGGGCAUCAUGCAGUGCCUCCGGUUGGAGAUGGAGCCCAAGAACUUGAUGUGCUUCAAGAACGCACCGCGCAGUCUCGUGGGCGCCGACGCCAUCGCCAAGCUCGCACGGCGCCUUCAGGAUGCCGAGCUCGCGGCUAGCUCUGAUCACGACUUUGUCUGGCAAGACGGCAUGAUCAAGGUGCCUCGCCUGCGUCAGUCCGUCGAGGCCAAGGAGGUUUUCGGUGCCGAAACGGGCGUUUACGUGCGCAAGAAACAGAAUAUCUGGGAGGACAAGGCGUCGUUUGAGAUUACCAUGGACACUGCCGGCGCGCCCGAGUCGCUCUACUUCCGCCGGACUGAUGCCCUCGUUCGACCCCUAGGCGACGGCGAGGUGCUGGUCAAGGUGGAAGCCGCGGGCCUCAGCUCGCGCGACCUCCAACUCGUCUUGGGCGCCGUGCCCUGGGCGCCCCCCGGCCUCGAGGGAGUAGGCGUCGUCUCCAAGGUCGGAUCUGGCGUCAGCAGCCUCGGGCCGGGAGACCGCGUGUACUACGGCCUCCACGGGGGCUGCUUGGCCACGCACGUCCGGAUGCCGGCGUGGCAGGCGAACAAGGUCCCGGACGGCUGGAGCAACGCCGACGCGGCCAGCAUCUCCAUUGCCUACCAAGUAGCAUACCUGGCUCUCUGCCACCACGCGCGGCUGAGGAAGGGGGAGACGGUUCUCGUCCACGCCGCCUCGGGGGCCGUUGGCCAGGCGUGCAUCGUGCUCGCACAGCACAUGGGGGCUCGGGUAUUCGCCACCGCGGGCACCAGGGAGAAGCGCGUCCUUUUGCGCGACACGUAUGGCAUUCCCGAGUCUUGCCUAUUCUCCAGCCGAACGGCCGAGUUUCGCAACGGCAUCCUGUGUGAGACGGACGGCAAAGGGGUCGACGUGGUGGUCAACUCGUUGAGCGGCAGCCUCUUGCAGCAGACGUGGGCCUUGAUGGCGGACCUGGGCCGCUUCGUCGAGCUCGGCGCAAAGGACUCGCGGAUGAAUAGCAGCCUGGCCAUGAGGCCGUUUGACCGCAACGUGAGCUUUAGCGGCAUCGACCUUUGCGCGUACGCCGAGAAGCGACCGGACGAGGUACGGCAGAUGGUUGCCGAGCUCCAUGGCAUGCUGCGCCGAGGAGUCAUCAAGCCGAUCCGCUCCGUCGCCACGGUGCCCGUCUCGGACCUCGCGGCCGCUCUGCGGAAGCUCCAGUCCGGGCAGCACAUGGGCAAGAUUGUCAUCAGCAUGGGGCGGCAUGACGAGGUGGUGGCCGAGUGCCACCCCGAGCUGGGACCUACACACGGCACUCUGCUUCGUCCCGACGCGACCUAUGUCAUCACGGGGGGCACGGGCGGAAUCGGCCUCUUCUUGGCCCCGUGGAUGGUCGAGCACGGGGCGCGAAACAUUGUGCUGCUGGGGCGCAGUGGCGAUACGCGGCCCGAGGUGCGCAAGGUGCUGCAACGGUACAAGGACACCGACGUUGAAAUCAGGGCCAUUGCUUGCCAUGUCGCGUACCGGGAGCAGCUGGAGGCAGCGCUCGAUUCCAUCACGGACCUUCCCCCUGUUCGCGGUGUCGUCCACGGCGCCCUCUUCCUCAAGGACGCCAUGUUCAUGAACGCCACGUAUCAAGACUGGCAGAACAUCACGGGGCCCCGAGUGCAAGCCGCAUGGCACCUCGACGAGAUGCUGCCGAACCUCGACUUCUUCAUCAUGCUGUCGUCCAUGCUGGGAUCGUGUGGCAAUGUGGGACAGGCCAUCUACGCGGGCACAGCGACAUUCUUUGACGGAUUCGUCGACUACCGACGCACGCGCGGCCUCCCAGCCACCUCGAUUGCCUUGCCCGUCGUCCUGGACGUGGGCUACGUGGCGGACCGCAACCGAACCGAGGAGUUGAAGGAGAGUCUGGGGGCCUGCCUCUCGCGGCCGCACCUCGAGGUGCUCAUGCGAGGCGCCAUCAUCGGGUCCUCGUCGGGCCUGAAUUUCCAAGGCAAGGCCAUGUCCUUCCACCUCGAGACGGGGGCCGGGACGGACGGCAUGGCCUGGCAAUGCUACAACGUGAGAGACUUUCGCCGCAUCGCCCGGACCGAGCAGGCCGGACAAGCGGCGGGCUGCGACACCCAGGGCAAAAGACGGUCGCAGGGGCUCGGGGACGCCGGCAGCGAGGGCUACUCUGAGAACCUGCUCGGCGCGCUGAUGGACAAGGUUUCGUCCAUCACCAUGAUUGACCGGGACGAGGUCGAGGCGGACGCGCCGCUGGCCAACUACAGCUUGGACUCGCUCGUGUCUGUCGAGCUGCGCAACUGGAUACGCAGGGAGACGGGGGUCGAUCUUCCGCUCGCCAAGCUUGUGAGGUCCGCGAACCUGAGGGCCGUAGCUGCAUACAUUGUUCCCGGUGCCAAGACGGGGGCGUGA